AUGCCGGCCGUCUCUCGACACUCGUCGGCGGCGCGACAAUCUGACAUGCCAUCACAAACACCGCCCGCCAAACACAAACGCUUCGCCUCGCUGUUGCGCCUGCCCUCCUCCUCGUCGUCGUCGUCGUCCAAAAGGGACAAAGACCGGGAAACUCCCCCAGCUUCCUCUCCGCGAAACCCCACCACGCCCACUGCUGCUGCUCCCGCUGCUGCUGCUCCCGCUGCUGCUGCUCCCGCUGCUGCUGCUCCCGCUGCUGCUCCCGCUCCUGCUCCUGCUGCUGCUCCCGCUCCUGCCCCUGCACCUCCACCUGCACCUAUUCAGAGCGCGCCCUCGGCGACUUUGUCCUAUUUCUCUCCUCAGCCCGGCGCGUCCGGCUCCGGGACCGACGUUCGUUCACCUGGAAGCAAGAGACCGCCUGCCUCGUUCAGUGGUCAUGGUAAGCAACGAUCUAGUAGCCGUCGACUAGCACCUCAUCAGCCCCCCAGUCGCGUCCACACCAUCGGAAUGCAGCUGUAA